AUGGCGAUGGAAUUUUUUGAACGGGAAGAAGAGAACAAGACGAUGCCUAGUUAUCAUGUCAACGUCCAGGUUGCAAUCAGAAAUCAUCUCUACGAUGCGAAAUUGUUCAUCAACAUGGCAUCGACUUUUACGAACGCCCGCGAGAUUUGCGAAAGCUUGAAUAUGAGACUUCCUCCUGAAGGAUUUGCCAUCAUCGAAAAUCCAAGUGCUUUUGAUGAACGAACGUCGAUGAUGUUCUGGAUCGACGCAUUCGUCUCCCCGGACACUGCGAUUUUUACGAGAGCAGAAAAACCUGGACGAGUUUUGAUCGAACGUUUGCUUGGAGAAAGGGUCAAAUCGGACGGUUACUUAGCUUAUGUCAUCAAUCACAAAGACAAAUGCUUGCUGAAUUUCGACGCACGUGAUAUUUUUCCAAGAGUCUAUUUGUGCCAAAAUGACAUACCGGUGAAUACGAUUACGUCUCUUUUAAUUUCCGGCUGGACGAUGAAGGAGUACACGAAAAACGGGAAAGAGAUUGGCGGAAAACUUUGCGAUAAAACUCAUGAAGUCGCGCUCACUUGGUUCAGAUGCAGCGAGCAUAUUUCUUCAAGCGCUGUCUGCGAUGGAAUUUUUCUGCGGAAAAGAGCUUCGGAUAAAGACGCCACUGUUGCUGGCGCGUAUGAUACUCGACAUGUCAAUGCACAGACUAGCUCUGUUUUAUGUAUUCAAUAA